AUGGCCAUGGCAAUCAUCAACCUUCCUCUAACAUUCAUGCUCUCAUGCCUUAUCUUCACGGUGACCGCGACUCGUGACAUGCCCAUAAAGCCCGGCAAAGACAUCACGACUAGGCUUGAAGGUGAAAAUGGCACGGUCGAAUGUUGGAGUGCACUCUGGGAGCUAAAAUCGUGCACCAACGAGAUCAUUCUUUUCUUCAUCAAUGGCGAGACGAGUCUGGGAAUGGAAUGUUGUAGAGCCAUCCGUACCAUCACACACCAUUGCUGGCCUAGCAUGCUUACUUCACUAGGUUACACCGCUGAGGAAGGAGACAUUCUUGCUGAUUAUUGUGGGGCAGGGGCAUCAUCGCCACAAGUCCAACCAACAGUGCAAUCUCCGGCUGCUGUGUUGGCCGAUAUUCCGGUUUGA